GUGAGGAAAAAAACUAAGAAAAGCAGCAGCAGCAGCAGCAGCAGUAAUGAAUGUACCCAGGCUGCCUACAAUCGCUCGUACUCCGACUACUAACCCUUCCUUUCUUAUCAUUCUCUCUCCAUUCUUUGACUCCACUCUUUCUCCCCUCGAACAGAUCGACUUUGACACCGGCUCAUCUCAAUUCAUCAUCUCUUCAAAAGGCUGCCGCUUCUGCUCGGGCAUCACCCACUAUGACUCCUCAGCCUCCAGUACCUUCACUCCGAACGGUAAGCCCUGGAAGAUCACCUACGGCGAUCUAUCCCACGCCGAAGGCAUUCUCGGCUACGACCUCAUCACCCUCGAUGGUAUCACCGUUCACAACCAACAGCUGGCCCUCGUCACCAACGAAUCUGCGGGCUUCGAUGAUAAAAUCGAUGGGAUCAUGGGUCUAGCCUUUGGGACGCUCUCGUCCAACAUCGCGGCAACCCGGACCGUGUUUGAGAAUAUGAUGGACCAGAAGGUCGUCCGGAAGGGAAUCUUCUCAUUCUAUCUAGGUAAGGAGAAGUUGCAGGGCGGCGGAGAGGUCAUCUUUGGAGGGAUGGAUAUGAGCCGAGUCAAGAAGGGGCAUAGAAUUGUGUGGACUAAGGUCACGAAGGCAAAAUACUGGCAAAUUGAUGUUCAGAGCGUGCUCGUCAACGGAAAAGUCGUCGCCUCCUCUUCCUCGUCCCCCUUGUCUUCCUCUUCCCCGUUGUCGUCGUCGUCGUCGUCCUCGCUUUCCUCAUCUUCCUCGUCUUCCACUUCCCUCUCUUCCUCCUCCUCUUCCUCCAUGUCUUCCUUCGAAAACAUCAACGACGAUGAAGAAGUAAAUGAAGACGAGGACGGUGACAGCAAUGAGGACAUCGAGGGCGACGAUAUGAUGCCCCGUUCCCUGAGCCGCAAAAAGCCGAACAAGAUCCAAGGGAUCAUGGACACCGGUACAACACUCAUGGUCGUCCCUGUGCACCUCGCCCGCUCGAUCCACCAACACAUCCCGGACGCCAAAGCCUCUGACUACUCCUGGACCCUCCCAUGCAAUCUCGCUGACCGAUUUCCGGAAGGGAAAGUGGAGCUCCAGAUCUCGGGCAAGCGAUUCGGAAUCCCUUUUGAGGAUCUAAUUAGGGAAGAGGCCGGCCAGGCCGGAGUCUGCUAUUCAGGGAUUCAGACAAGUUCCGCGGAAUUUAUGAUCAUCGGAGAUGUGUUUAUUAAGAACAACUAUGUGGUAUUUGACCAGGAGAAGAAGCGGGUCGGAAUUGCGCCAUUGAAGUUGGAGAAGCGUCGCGGAAGCUAAAGAAGCGAUGACAAGGCAGGGGAAGGGACGAUUAGGAGGAGUAGGAACGAUACCAGCAGGAUAUGGUGGAGAAGGUAGCACGAGGUCGUGAUGGGAGAAGUCGCAGGGAAUGUAGGGGGGUUAAAGCGAUAGGAAUCGCGCGCGCCCUUUUUAGAACGGCCGUAAAAGGAGGAAGCUUUAUGAAUAUCCAUUGGUCUUAUUUUUCUCUUUUAACACCCACCAUCCAUUUGUCUUUGUAUUUUUUUACAUCGAUCGAAUACCCUCGAUCAUCUCAACGUGGAUUUUGAACAAGUGCCUAUUUGCCCAGAUUAAAAACAUGGCCUUGUCGUUUUUUUUUUUUUUUUUUUUUUUUUUUUUU